AUGAACAAGAAAGUACUUAAAAUUAUUAUCAAUACAAAUGAUGGCAAAGAAAAUAAGAAAACAUCUAAAUUUUCACGAUUUCGAUCACAUUCUCGUGUUAUUCAAAAUUUUGUUCUUGUUUGGUUAGAUCCAAAUAUUAAUGGUAAACUUAAUGAUGAACAUCGUGAAAUUGUCAGUCAAGUACGAUCCAUUAUUAGUAACAUGAAAAUAUUCAGUGAUGUUGAUCAAUGUGUUGAUUUUCUACGUAAAAUUAAAAAUGAAAAAGCAUUUAUGAUUGUAUCCGGUGUUCUCGGUCAACAGGUUAUACAUCGUAUUCAUAAUAUAUCAAAACUUGAUUCAAUUUAUGUAUUUUGUGGUCUUAAAUUAAAACAUGAACAAUGGGCACAAAAUUGGACAAAAGUUAAAGGUGUUUUUACACAAAUUGUACCUAUUUGUGAUUUAUUAAAACAAACUAUUCAAAAAUAUGAACAAAAUUUUAUUUCUUUAAGUUUUGUUACACCAACUAAUGUAUCUGAUCAAAAUUUAGAUCAACUUGAUCAAUCAUUCAUGUAUACACAAAUACUUAAAGAAAUUUUACUUGAAAUUAAAUAUAAUGAUCAAUCUCUUAAAGAUUUUAUCUCAUAUUGUCAAGAUAAAUAUGGUAGUGAUCCAAAUGAAUUAGAUGUUAUUAAACGAUUUGCCGAAGAUUAUCGUAAACAUUCGCCGAUUUAUUGGUAUACUCAUCCAGGUUUUAUUCAUUCGAUGGUUAAUCAAUCUUUACGUACUCAUGAAGUUGAUACAAUUAUUAAAAUGGGAUUUUUCAUUCAAGAUUUACAUGAAGAAAUCAAUAAACUUCAUAUAAAACAAACGAAUAAUCAAGAUAAACAAUCAUUUAUUGUUUAUCGUGGACAAGGUUUAUCUAAGGAAGAAUUUGAAAAAUUGUUAAAAGCAAAAGGAGGACUUAUGUCAUUCAAUAGUUUUUUAUCGACUAGUAAAAAUCGAGAAGUAUCUUUAGAAUUCUCACAAGAUGCUUUAAACAAUCUUGAAUUAGUGGGUGUUCUCUUCAAAAUGGUUAUUGAUCCAUCUGAAUUAGCAACUCCUUAUGCAUUUAUAGAUAAUGAUAGCUAUUUUAAAAGUGAAGAAGAAGUUCUCUUUUCAAUGCAUACCGUUUUUCGUAUUGGUGAAAUUAAACAAAUUCAAAAAAAUAAUCGUCUUUAUCAAGUUAUACUCACAUUAACUAAUAGUCGAAAUAAACAACUUAGUGCUCUUACUGAAUUACUUCGAGAUGAAACUCGAGGAUCAACAGGAUGGCAUCGAUUGGGUAUGUUAUUGAUUAAAUUAGGCAAGUUUGAUAAGGCUGAACAAGUUUAUAAAGCAUUAUUUGGUUUCAAUACUGAUGAAAAUGAAAAAGCAUUACUUUAUCAUCAACUUGGAUUAAUCAAGCGUAAUCAAGGUGACUAUGCAGAAGCACUUUCAUCUUAUAAACAAGCACUUAAUAUUUAUCAAAAAAGUCGAUCAUCAGAUGAUCUCGAUUUAGCUACCACAUAUAAUAAUAUUGGUCAAGUAUAUAAUAACAUGGGCGACUAUCAACAAGCACAUUCAUAUUAUAAAAAUUCGUUUGAAAUCUACAAACAUAAUUUACCUGACGAUCACCCUUCUUUAGCUAUAUCGUAUAACAAUAUUGGUUUAGUGCUUAAAAAUAUGGGCGAUUAUAACCAAGCUCUCAAAUCACAUGAGAAAGCACUUGAAAUUGAACAAAAAACUCUUCCUCUAAAUCAUCCGUCUUUCGCUACUUCCUACAAAAAUAUUGGCUUGGUGUAUAGUAAUAUGGGUGAAUAUUCAAAAGCACUUUCUUUUCAUGAAAAAGCACUUGAAAUUGAACAAAAGACAUUACCUUCAAAUCAUCCGUCAUUGGCCAUUUCAUACAAUAAUAUUGGUUUGCUUUAUGAUAGUAUGGGUGAAUAUUCAAAAGCGCUAUCAUUUUAUGAAAAAACACUCGAAAUUUAUCAAGAAAAUCUUCCUCAAAACCAUCCUGAUUUCGCUAUGUGUUACAAUAAUAUCGGUUCGGUAUAUAAAAACAUGGGUGAAUAUUCAAAAGCACUUUUAUUCUAUAAGAAAACAUUGGAUAUUGAAGAGAAAUCGCUUACAUCAAAUCAUCCUUCGUUGGCUAUUUCUUACAGCAAUAUUGGAAUGGUAUAUGACUGCACAGGACAAUAUCAGAAAGCACUUUCUUCACAUAAAAAAGCACUUGAAAUCUGUCAAAAAACACUUCCAUCAGAACAUCCUAUAUUAGCAAUCUCAUAUAACAAUAUUGGUUCAGUAUAUGAUAAUAUGGGUGAUUACAAGACUGCUCUUACAUAUUAUAAAACAACACUUGAAAUCGAACAAAAAGUUCUUCCUCCUAAUCAUCCUGAUUUGGCUACUUCUUAUAAUAAUAUCGGAUUAGUGUAUGACAAUUUAGGAGAAUAUUUGAAGGCACUUUCUUCUCAUGAAAAAGCACUUGAAAUCUAUCAAAAAACUCUUCCAUCAAAUCAUCCAAACCUAGCGAACUCAUAUAAUAAUAUUGGUUUAGCUUAUCAAAAGAUCCAAGAAUAUUCGAAAGCACUUUCAUUUUAUGAGAAAGCACUUGAAAUUCGUCAAAAAAUUUUGUCUCCAAAUCAUCUUGAUUUGAUUUCUUGUUAUGCCAACAUCAGUCAACUAUAUGAAAUCAUUGGUAAACAUUCAAUGGCGCUUUCGUUUUACGAACAACUGGUUCAAGCUAGAGAAAAACCCGUUUCACAAGAUGAUCCAACAUCGACAGGUACUUACAGCAACAUUGAUCGAAUCAGUGAUAAAAAUGAAGACGCUUUAAAAACAUCCUCACCGUCCAAAUCCACUGGGGUAAUUAAACAAGAGUCAUUAGACAGAAAAUUUCCUCGUCGAACAAAUUUUCGGACAAAAACUAAAAUCGAUAAGAAAGUGAAUGUAAUUUGUAAUUGUGAAUAA